ACAGGUCCGAGGAAGGGCUGAGCGCAGGUCCCAGCUGCACGGCCAGGGCUGUGGACCCGCCGUCACCAUGAGCUGCACCAUCGAGAAGAUUCUGACCGACGCCAAGACGCUGCUAGAAAGGCUGCGGGAGCACGAUGCGGCGGCCGAGUCGCUGGUGGAUCAGUCCGCGGCGCUGCACCGGCGUGUAGCCGCUAUGCGCGAGGCAGGCACGGCGCUUCCGGACCAGGUCAGGCGGAGGCCAGCGGAGGAUGCAGCCGACGCGAAGGAUGCAGCCAAGUACAAACCCCACAUUCUGCUGUCCCAGGAAAAUACCCAGAUUAGAGACCUGCAGCAGGAGAACAGAGAGCUCUGGGUUUCACUGGAAGAACACCAGGAUGCGCUGGAACUCAUCAUGAGCAAAUACCGGAAACAAAUGUUACAGCUGAUGGUCGCUAAGAAGGCGGUGGAUGCUGAGCCUGUCCUGAAAGCUCACCAGUCACACUCUGCAGAAAUUGAGAGUCAGAUUGACAGAAUCUGCGAAAUGGGAGAAGUGAUGAGGAAAGCAGUUCAGGUAGAUGAUGAUCAGUUUUGUAAGAUUCAGGAAAAAUUAGCCCAAUUAGAGCUUGAAAACAAGGAACUACGAGAAUUAUUGUCUAUCAGCAGUGAGUCACUUCAGGUCAGAAAGGAAAACUCCGUGGACACAGUUUCCCAAGCCAUCAAGUAACUGAACUUUGGAAUAAUGUCUGGAAAUUGCCAAGGAAGGAAGCUGCUGUCUCCAUUCAAGUCUUGUCUGUUCAGUUUCUUGCCCCAGACUUGAUUUAAACUUCUCAAGUGGCAGUUUAGAAUACCAGUUGAUACUGGCUGUCCACAGUUUCAGGUGUAUUGGUGAGAAUACACACUGAAUUACACCAUUCCUUUCUGCAAAGGACAGCUUCCAACUGUUAUUCUGGGACCUGAAUUUCUACAAACUGUUAUUUUCAGUUCAUUUUUCUUUACCACAUCUCUGAAACUUCAAGCAUCUUAUCACAAGCCAGGAACUUUAUUUUAUAUAAGAUUGUGAAACACACUUCUAAGGAUUUUUAAAACUAUUUAACUUGUUAAAUCUAUUUGGCAUAAACCUCUUUUUUUUCUUCCUUUUUAUUAUUAUUUUUUUAUUUUAUGUUUUAUUAUUUGACGGAAGGAAUGCAACUGCAUAGAACUUGCAGGGCAGAGUCUCCUAUUUGUAACAUCCUUCACCUGUGAAGUUUUAAGUCUCUGGUGCUAAGAGUUGGCAUUUUGUGUCUGGUGUCUUUACUCUUAAAUUGAGAGAGCUUAUAGUUAGUUCCCAAGAAACAUACUUGAAAGUACGUCAGCUGCUUUCUCCCCCAGUGAUAAUGCACUAGUCACCUUUUUCAAGGAAUGCUGAGGAAGCUUUACUGUAUAUAUGUAUACACAUGUGUGAAUGGCUGAAUGCUUAAGAAACAAUGGUUUUCAUUCCAUUAAA